UAUUCAUGUGCACUAAAAACCGGACCCUCUUUGAAUAAAAAAAGAAAAACUAAACGGAAUUAAAUUAAUCUCGAGUUGAAGAGAUGGAUCUUAGGAAAUGAGACGAAUAGCAUUUCCUGAAGAGCGCUGCAGGAGUGGCUUCGUAAACAUUGUAUUGUUCGGCGGUGCGCGCGCUGUCAUGCAGGAGUAAAGAACUGCGCGCUUCUUCCACGCGCGUCAACUACAUUUCCACUACUGGAUUUGAUGUAUUCCCAUAAUAACGACGUGUAGUACCUGACAGGAAUGAGAGGAGACAGCAAUCAUGCCAUUAAAGCGAAUUGGGUCCUCCAACUUUUCUGCAUCUCCCUCCUGACUCCAUUCGGGACAGGAGAAGAUGGGUCUUGCCAUGGAGCCUUUGAUUUAUAUUUUGUGUUGGAUCGGUCAGGCAGUGUGUCUGACAACUGGCUGGAGAUCUAUGGAUUUGUGGAACAACUUACGAAUCGUUUUGUAAGCCCGAAAAUGAGGGUGUCCUUCAUAGUCUUUUCAUCUAGUGCAGAAAUAAUCUUGCCUCUCACUGGAGACAGGGUGGACAUAGAUAGUGGUCUGCAGCAGCUGAGCAAGAUCAGACCUGCGGGUGAUACCUACAUGCAUGAGGGUUUAAAAAAGGCAAUAGAGCAAAUGACUUCCCAGGGUGCAAGGGCAUCCAGCAUCAUUAUUGCACUGACUGAUGGAAAGCUGGAGGUGUUUAUGAAUGAACUUGCUAUAAAAGAGGCUGAUCUGGCGAGACAAUAUGGAGCAAGGGUGUAUUGUGUUGGCGUAAAGGAUUUUGAUGCAAACCAGCUUACAGAAAUUGCAGACAACAAAGAUCAAGUGUUUCCUGUGGUGGAUGGAUUCCAGGCCCUCAAAAACAUUGUAAAUUCGAUUUUACAGAAGUCCUGUGUAGAAGUUUUUAAGCUUGAGCCCUCCAGCAUUUGCGUGAAUGAAUCCUUCAACAUUGUUUUGAGAGGAAGAGGGUUUACUCAGGGAAGAACCUCAGAGGGUGUGGUCUGCACAUUAUCUGUCAAUCAACAGGAUCCUUACAAUGAGAGGCCGAGUAUAGUGAAGGAUAAUUACGUGCUGUGUCCUGCUCCAGUGCUGACCGAGGUUGGACAAUCAAUCGAUGUGCUAAUUAGUCUAAACAAUGGCCAGUCUUUCAUUUCAACUCCCAUCACAAUAUAUGCCACCACAUGUUCUGAUGGGAUGGUGGCGGUGAUUGUGAUCCUGGUGCUUCUGGUGCUGGUGGGUUUGAUUCUGCUCUGGUGGUUCUGGCCUCUCUGCUGCACUGUGGUUAUCAGGGAUCCACCACCAUCUCGCCCGCCGCCUCCUCGUCCAAUACCUGAGCCUGAGAUUGAUCCUUUGCCGAAAAAGAAAUGGCCUACAGUGGAUGCAUCGUAUUAUGGUGGCAGAGGGCCUGGUGGUAUUACACGCAUGGAGGUUCGCUGGGGUGAGAAAGGCUCUACAGAGGAAGGAACGCGGUUAGCAAAAGCCAAAAAUGCUGUGGUCAAAAUGCCAGAGGAGGAGUUUGAAGAGCCUGUAAUAAGACCCCCUCCCAGACCACCACCAACAUUUCAGGCCCCGGUCCCAGACAAGUGGUACACGCCCAUUAAAGGACGGUUUGAUGCUGUGGCAGCAUUGCUGCGGAGACAAUAUGACAGAGUUGCAAUCAUGAGACCUACAGCAAAUGAUAAGGGGCGAUGCAUUAAAUUCACGCGGGUGCAAAGGCACUGACCACAUACAGUGAGCUUGGAUCAGUUUUAAGAUACUAUCAGGAAAGCCUAGAAAUUUGGAGUGUUUGUACUUGUAAAGUAUAUACAGAGGGUUCAAAAAGGUCAUUUUUUUCUGGCAUGUUCAGACUAGGUUUGGGGAAUCUGUUGGGAUACACUGUGCUAGGCUGUACAUCUGAAUUAUGUUUGUUUUGGAGUUUGUUUAUAUAUAUAAUUGAAGUCAGAAUAAUUAGCCCCCCUUUGAAUUUUUUUUUCUUUUUUAAAUAUUUCCCAAAUGAUGUUUAACAGAGCAAGGAAAUUUUCACAGUAUGUCUGAUAAUAUUUUUUCCUGGAAAAAGUCUAAUUCGUUUACUUCGGCUAGAAUAAAAGCAGUUUUUUUUUUUUUUUUUAAAACAUUUUAAGGUCAAAAUUAUUAGCCCCUUUAAGCUAUAUAUUUUUAUAUUUUUAUAAUGAACCAUCAUUAUACAAUAACUUGCCUAAUUACACUAACCUGCCCAGUUGACCUAAUUAACCUAGUUAAGCCUUUAAAUGUCACUUUAAGUUGUAUAGAAGUGUCUUGAUAAAUAUCUAGUCAAAUAUUAUUUACUGUCAUCAUGGCAAAGAUAAAAUAAAUCAGUUAUUAGAAAUGAGCUAUUAAAACUAUUAUGGUUAGAAAUGUGUUGAAAAUAAAUCUUCUCUCCGUUAAACUGAAAUGGCGGGAAAAAAAUAAACGGGGGCUAAUAAUUCAGGGGGGCUAAUAAUUCUGACUUCAACUGUAUAUAUCCUGCUGAUUUUUGCCUUUAAAUAUGUUUGACUUUGCAGCUUUUGUAACAGUUACCUUUUUAAGGUUUUCUAACUAUAAAACAAUACAGUGCCUUCUUGUGAAUGUGAUAUGAGUGAAUUUGAAAAGGAAGGAAAAUGUCAAUUAUUUUAAUGUCCAUCAUUUCUUUCAUUCUUAUUAUGAAAAGAUGUUAAUUUUCCAGUUUAUUUGUAGAUUUUUUUUUAAUUUUUUAAUUGACGUGUUUAUU